CACUGCAUUUUGGGUUGUUCAGAGGCUAUAUAAAUGGCUUCACUGCAGCUGGACAGACAUGUCUACAGUGUAUACAAUUUCUCAUUUAAGAUUUUCUGUGGGUAUAAAUGGAUCUACUAUAUGAACGUGGAGGCCUUGUGGAAGCUCUGAAUGCUAGAGUGUAUGGGAAUGGCACAGAAACCCUGGUUCUGUCUCAUGGGUUUGGUUCAGACCAGACUGCAUGGCACUACAUUCUCCCUUACCUUGCAUGCUACUUCAAGGUGGUGGUCUUUGAUAUGGUCUUCUCAGGGAGCGUCAAUCCUCAUCUCUACAGUCCCAGAAGAUAUUCAAGUUACUAUUCCUAUGCACAAGAUCUACAGUGUCUUCUGGAUGAGCUCAACGUGACCAGGUCUAUCUUCUUGGGUCAUUCCAUGUCUGCCAUGAUAGGAUGCAUAGCUGCAACACAGAGGCCAGACCUCUUCAAACAACUCAUCUUACUGGGUGGCUCUCCAAGGUACCUCAACGCCAAAGGAUAUUAUGGGGGCUUUGAGAGAUCAGAUAUUGAGGCAACCUUAGAAAGCAUAAAACAGAAUUACUCAAACUGGGUCACAAAUUUUGCUCCAAAGGCUAUUGGGGUGAAUGACAAGGCUGCUAUAAAAGCGUUUGAAUCCACUUUGGGAAGAAUGAAACCUACUGUUGCCUAUGAUGCAGCAAAAACUGUGUUCUUGAGUGACUACAGACAGGUUCUGAGAAAAGUUGGGGUACCUUGCACCAUCAUUCAAUCUGAGAAGGACAUUGUUGUUCCAAAAUGGGUUGCAUUUUACAUGGCAAAAAUGCUUGGUGGUACCACCAAUGUAAAGAUUUUGGAUUCAGAAGGCCAUUUUCCUCAUCUAACAGCUUAUCAUUUGCUGUUGGGUGUAUUAAGGAGAGUUCUUCAUAUUGACAAGUAGAGAUUGAGAGGGGAUUUUAAUUUAGUAAAUUAAAGCAGUGGAAAAUGCAGCUUCUCUUCUACUGCAUGUGAAGGUGGAUUCAGAU